UAUCCCCCCGCUGGCUUCACUGCACGGAUUCGCCAUAAUCCCAACCGACCCCUCUGCGUCUUCUUAGCCUGCUCGAUCCUGUCGAUCCUCUGCACCGCCAAAAUGACGGACGAGAAGACAACCUUCGGCGCUUCAGUCGUCGACACUGACUUCCCCCCUACGCUCAAGACACCCGCUCAACAGCUCCGCACCGCCAACUCACACGAGAGUGGCAUCUCCUCGAUCGACUCGACCCCAGCCUCCAAGACGGGCACUCCUCGCGACGACCCCGACCCAUCGAACCCCUUCUCCGCCUUCUACAAGCACCCAGACGCACGUCGUUCCAUGGACGACGCCGCAUCCACUGGCAAGGGCCGCCUCAAUGUAUACCAGCACGACCUAGAGUCCGGCGUCCCCAUCUCCGCCACCAGCACUGUCGGAGCUCCCAAGGUCUCGGUCGAUGGCAGGGUCAAGGAGUGCACAAUGUGGCCGUCGAAGCAAACACUGAUGGAGAAGGCCAAGGCCCAGAAGCAGGCGCGCGGCUGCAAUCCCAUGCGGACGCUGGACAAGAAGCAGAAGCUCUGGGCCAAGAUCUUCAUCGCUCUAUUCAUCAUUGCUGCUGCUGUGGGACUAGGCGUCGGUAUCUCGAGGGCUGUUGGUGGAGGCGUUUGGUCUGGCAAUGGGUCGAACAAGAAGAUACCCGAUGAUCAAAGCUAGAUGAGUGCUGUCUAUGCUUGUACUUUUGGUGCAUAGCUUCUCGAUCUGCUGUCUGGAAUGAGAGCAAGUCCACGGAUGGCGUCUCGCUCCGCUAUGGUCAUACUCAGCAUUCUUGAUUCGCAUUAUCAUCAUACCCUUUCUAUGGCGUAGCCACCUUUUCCGGCAAACCCAAUCCGCCAACGAAAGCAUCCUCCGUAUAUCGCAAACAGACAUAACGUAUACCCUUCUCAACCUAUCUUCUCCGCCACUCACAAGACUUCUUCGCCAAACAUCCCCGGGGUUGAACUCUUCUCUUCUCUAGAUCCGCAUACCGAAUACCCAAAACCUGCUGGUUCACGCUUCCAACCCCGUAAUUCGGCAAGCACAU